AACAUAAGAAUUUAUAGUGUUUUAUACUAGUUUUUUCUAAUAAAAAUGACACUAAUUGCAUCUAAAAGAAAACGUGGCUCAGAAGCCCAAAUAUCAAAACCUAUAAAAAAAACCUUUAUAAAAAGCACAAUUGAUGUUCCAAUUAAACGCGCAAUACUUAAAGAUGCAAUUAUACAUAAGAGAUGUAUACCUCAUCCAGUAGAUGUUUCAAAUAAAAUAUUUAUAUCAAGAAAAACACUUUUAAUGAGUAUUAUUAAGAAAACAAAACGGAAACUAAUGUCUUUAAAUUCUAAAGGAAAACCUAUUAUUUUAUAUGCACAAUCUGCUGCUAUUGAACGUGCACUUCAAAUUGCACUUAUUUUAUCUUUACAAAUACCAUUAGAUAUUCAAAUACAAACUGGUACUAUUGAGAUCGUAGACGAUGUUAUACCAUAUGAUAUGGACAAAAUGAUGUCAAGUCAAAUACGUUUAAAUUCAACGGUUCAAGUAAUUAUUUCACUUCUUAAUCAAUCAUAACAUAAUCAAUUAAUAAUUUAUCAUUUUUUUUUUUAAAUUUCA